GAGUUAAUGAGCUUGACCUGUGACUGCAGUUGUGGACUUGCCAGAUUCACCGAUGCACACUGCGGGAUAACGGGUGUGUGGCUUAUUGGCAGGGCUUCGGCUAUAAAAUAUCUUCCCAGAUAAAAUGAAGGAAAUCCUUGACCUAUAGACUUAUAGUUACUGGUCAUGCCUCUAACCAUCAUACUUCUGCUGGCAAGGAAUAUAACUAGGGAAGGGCUGAAGAGGUAGGUUUUGAUGUGGCCAUGGGCCGCAGUGUUCCCUUUGAUCAUUCUUUUCGCAUUACCUGGUUUCCUUUAGGUCUGGUCUGACGGUGAGCCUUCACUGAAUUCCUCGGCUGCCUUGUUUCUGGUCAGUUUUAGGUAGAGGUGGGAGGUGGGUCAAGUCAGAGUCUGAGAGCGCUUAUGGGGUGUCGGGUAGAGUAUGAAAGGCAAUGUGAUACAUACGCUUCCGAAAAUGAAAUACCACAAAAUCGUUUUGGCUAUUGGGAGUGAGGGUGGCAGCACCAUAGGGAACAUCAGUGAAGGUUGAAAGCAACCCUGAAAUAUGGUUUUGGAGAAAAAGACUUAGAAAUCACCUCUUAUUUGUACUGCCUGUGUUAAUGAAUGUUGUGAUCUGAGAUUAUAGGAAAUACAUGGUUUCCGUUUUUUUCUUCACUAAGUGAAAAGAUAUGCACUGACUCUUUCUGCCUUUGCUUCCCUUCCAGUGUCAACGAGUGAUACCAAGACAAGAAAAAAAGAAGUGAAACACAGACUCAUUUCCUACUCCACGUGGAUGAUAGCUAUAGCAAGGCAAAGUCUCAUAGUGUAUCAGUUGGGGCAGAAAAUGGAGUUCUAUGGCAGAGGCUUCUUAGACGCUUAACCCUUGUCCCAAUGACGUCAAGUUCGCCCAUUGGCUUGGAAGGUUCAGACUUGUCUUCCAUCAACACCAUGAUGUCAGCGGUAAUGAGUGUAGGGAAGGUCGCUGAGAAUGGCGGGAGCCCUCAGAGCAUCAAGUCCCCCAUGAAGCCUCCAGGACCAAAUCGGAUUGGCCGAAGGAACCAGGAAACGAAGGAGGAGAAGUCUUCCUAUAACUGUCCCCUGUGUGAAAAGAUUUGCACUACACAGCAUCAGUUAACUAUGCACAUUCGUCAGCACAACACGGACACUGGAGGGGCAGACCAUUCGUGCAGCAUCUGCGGAAAGUCGCUGAGCUCAGCCAGCUCCCUGGACCGCCAUAUGCUGGUGCACUCUGGCGAGAGGCCUUACAAGUGCACUGUGUGUGGCCAGUCCUUUACCACCAAUGGGAACAUGCACAGACACAUGAAGAUUCAUGAGAAAGACCCUAACAGUGCUGCAGCUGCAGCCCCUCCGUCCCCACUGAAGCGCAGGCGGCUGUCUUCCAAAAGGAAAUUCAGUCAUGAUGCCGAGUCGGAGAAAGAAGACCCAGCGCCUGCUAAAAAGAUGGUAGAAGAUGGGCAGUCAGGUGACUUGAAGAUGACGGCUGAUGAAGUGUUUCACUGCCCAGUAUGUUUCAAGGAGUUUGUUUGCAAGUAUGGACUGGAGACCCACAUGGAGACCCACUCAGAUAACCCACUAAGAUGUGACAUCUGCUGCGUCACCUUUCGGACACACCGAGGACUGCUACGCCACAACGCACUUGUCCACAAACAGCUUCCCAGAGACGCGAUGGGAAGGCCUUUCAUCCAGAACAACCCUUCCAUUCCCGCUGGCUUCCACGACUUGGGAUUCACUGACUUCUCCUGUAGGAAAUUUCCUCGGAUUUCUCAGGCCUGGUGUGAGACAAACCUGCGAAGGUGCAUCAGCGAGCAGCACCGUUUCGUCUGUGAUGUCUGUGACAAGGCAUUCCCCAUGCUCUCCUCGCUCACCCUGCACAAGCAGACCCACAUCGCUGGGGACCAGGGACGGGAAAGGCUGCAAGCCAAGACCCUGUCUGGUGACACCCUGGACCAGAAGGUUUUCCUGGCCUUGCUGAGCCUGCAGCACACCAAAGAUGUGAGGCCUGUCCCCGCCGAGGAGCCCCUGCCAGAUGACAACCAAGCAAUACAGCUCCAGACACUCAAGUGUCAGCUACCUCAGGACCCUGGCUGUACCAGCAUGCUGAGGCUAUCUCCUUUCGAAGCUUCUUCCCUGGGCAGUUCUCUCACAGUCCUCCCAGCUACCAAGGAGAACAUGAAGCACCUGUCCCUGCAGCCCUUCCAAAAGGGCUUCAUCAUACAACCCGACAGUAGUAUUGUGGUCAAGCCCAUCUCCGGGGAGUCGGCCAUUGAGCUGGCUGACAUCCAGCAGAUCCUGAAAAUGGCAGCCUCAGCGCCCCCUCAGAUCAGUCUUCCACCUCUCUCCAAGGCCCCUGUCACCCCGCUGCAGGCGAUUUUCAAACACAUGCCCCCGCUGAAGCCAAAGCCCCUGGUCACACCACGGACGGUGGUGGCCACCUCAACACCACCCCCUCUCAUCAAUGCCCAGCAGGCCUCCCCCGGCUGCAUCAGUCCCAGCCUUCCCCCACCGCCUCUGAAGCUUCUCAAAGGCUCGGUGGAGGUGGCCUCCAACGCCCACCUCCUGCAGCCCAAGUCUGGCGCCCAGCCACACACGGCCAUGCAGCUCUUCCUGCAGCAGCCUGGGGUGGAGCUGCCUGGCCAGGCAGAGAUGAAGACACAGCUGGAGCAGGACAGCAUCAUCGAGGCCCUGCUGCCCCUGAGCAUGGACGCCAAGAUCAAGCAGGAGAUCACAGAGGGAGACCUCAAGGCCAUCAUGACGGGUCCCGGCAGCAAGAAAUCUCCAGCCAUGCGCAAGGUGCUCUACCCCUGCCGCUUCUGCAACCAGGUGUUUGCCUUCUCAGGGGUGCUGCGUGCGCACGUGCGCUCCCACCUGGGCAUCUCUCCAUACCAGUGCAACAUCUGUGACUACAUCGCCGCCGACAAGGCCGCCCUCAUCCGCCACCUGCGCACACACAGUGGUGAGCGGCCCUAUAUCUGCAAGAUCUGCCACUACCCCUUCACUGUCAAAGCCAACUGUGAGCGGCAUCUGCGCAAGAAGCACCUAAAGGCCACCCGCAAGGACAUCGAGAAGAACAUCGAGUACGUGACCAGCAGCGCGGCUGAGAUGGUGGACGCCUUCUGUUCCCCAGACACAGUAUGCCGGCUGUGCGGAGAGGACCUGAAGCACUACCGCGCCCUGCGCAUCCACAUGCGCUCGCACUGCGGCCCCGGCCUGGGCAGCUGCCCCAAGGGCCACAAGCCCUUUGAGUGCAAGGAGUGCAGCGCCGCCUUCUCGGCCAAGCGCAACUGCAUCCACCACAUCCUUAAGCAGCACCUGCACGUGCCAGAGCAGGACAUCGAGAGCUACGUCCUGGCAGCGGAUGGCCUGAGCCCCAAGGAGGCCCCUGCUGCCGAGGCCUCGGGGAGGAUGGAGGAGGGCAGUGGGGCCUUUGGCGAGCGCAAACCCCUUGCCACCUUCCUGGAGUCCCAGAAUGGCUAUCUUAAUGGGGUUCCCACUCAGCCUCCGCCUCCCCACGUCACCAUCAAGUUAGAGCCCGCCAGCAACUUCUCCGUAGACUUCAAUGAGCCCCUGGACUUCUCCCAGAAGGGCCUGGCCCUGGUCCAAGUGAAGCAGGAAAACGCAGCCUUGUUCCUGAGCCCCUCGUCCACGGCCCCCUAUGACUGCUCCAUGGAGCCCAUUGACCUUUCCAUCCCCAAGAACUUCAGAAGAGGAGACAAGGAUUCUGCUGCUCCCAGUGAAGCCAAGAAUCCUGAGCAGGAACCAGGGAGCAGGGAGCAGUCCUCCCCCUGUCCACCCCCAUGCCCUACUCUGCCAGUGACCUUGGGGCCCAGCGGGAUCUUGGAAAAACCCUCGGCCCUUUCAGCAGCAGCCUCGGCAGCCACUAUGGAAGCCCCCGCUCAGCCACUGCAGGGCUCCGUUCAGGUCGCUGUCCCCAUUUACUCAUCAGCCCUCCUCAACAGCUCCCCUCUCUUGGGCAACUCCACCCUCAUAAGCAGCCCCGCCUUGUUGCGGCCCCUGCGUCCCAAGCCACCCCUGCUCUUGCCAAAGCCCCCGGUGACAGAAGAGCUGCCCCCCCUGGCCUCCAUCGCCCAGAUCAUCUCAUCCGUAUCCUCGGCACCCACCUUGCUGAAGACCAAGGUGGCUGACCCAGGGCCCGCAAGCACUGGCAGUAACCCCACAGCUUCAGACAGCUUAGGAGGCACCGUCCCCAAAGCCGCCAGUGCCCCCACUGACAGCACCAGCCCAAAAGAAUCCAGCAACCCACCCCCUGCUGCCAACAGUCCAGAGGCAGCUUCACCCACCGAGCAGGGGUCAGUUGGCUUGUCAAAGAAGAGGGGCCGGAAAAAGGGGCUGAGGAGCCGACCCCGCACCAGCAGUGGCGGGGUGGACCUGGACUCCAGCGGGGAAUUCGCCAGCAUCGAGAAGAUGCUGGCCACCACGGACACCAACAAGUUCAGUCCAUUUCUGCAGACGGCAGAGGACGACGCUCAGGACGAGGUGGCCGGCACCCCCACCGACCACAACGGGCCCAGUGAUGAAGAACAGGGCAGUCCCCCCGAAGACAAGCUGCUGAGGGCAAAGCGGAACUCUUACGCCAACUGCCUGCAGAAGAUCAACUGUCCCCACUGCCCCCGAGUCUUCCCUUGGGCCAGCUCCCUCCAGAGGCACAUGCUCACACACACUGGUCAGAAACCCUUCCCUUGUCAAAAAUGCGAUGCCUUCUUUUCUACCAAAUCUAACUGUGAACGCCACCAGUUGCGCAAACAUGGAGUUACCAACUGUUCCCUGAGAAGAAACGGGCUUAUUCCCCAGUCAAAAGAGAGUGAUGUUGGACCCCAUGAUAGCACAGACAGCCAGUCCGACGUGGAGACACCGGCUGCAGGAGGCGAAGUGCUAGACCUCACCUCUCGGGAGAAGGAGCAGCCAUGGUCAGAGGGGGCCCCUGAGCCCAGCCAGGUCAAAGAAGAGCUCCCUGUAGAGGAGCUGACUCAGGGAGCAGCUGAGCCUCUGGAUGGGGAGGAGCAGGGAGCCGAGGAGAGCCCAGAGCCCGAAGGAAAACACAGCAUAGAGGACAAGGAUGAGGACGCAGAUGGCCCUGAGGAAGACACGGUCAGCAACAAGAGCCUGGACCUCAAUCUUGCCAGCAAACUGAUGGGCUUCAAGCUAGCUGAGGGUGGCUCUGGUGCUGUAGGCAGCGGAGGCUCGGCCCAGCAGGACCAGAAGCACACCUGCGACACCUGUGGCAAGAGCUUCAAGUUCCUUGGGACCCUGAGCCGCCACAGGAAGGCCCAUGGCCGUGAGGUGCCCAAGGAGGAGAGUGCACUCCCUCGGGACAGUCAGGGCGAGAGUGGGGUGGCCGACGGGUCGACGCCUGUCCCCACUGCCGUUGCCCCUGCCCUAGAGCCAGAGGAGAAGCCCGAGCCCCCGGCUGAGGGGGAGGCCACAUCAGAAGGCUUGUCAGAGAAGCGGAGCGAGGAGGCUGAGGGCACCUCUGACGGGGAGGGCACAGCUGAGAAGAAGUCCUCAGAGAGGAGUGACGAUGACAAGAAGCCAAAGACAGACACCUCCAGGAGUGUGUCCAGCAAGGCAGACAAGAGGAAGAAGGUCUGCACUGUGUGCAACAAGAGGUUCUGGUCUCUGCAGGACCUGACCCGGCACAUGCGGUCCCACACGGGAGAAAGGCCAUACAAGUGUCAGACCUGCGAGCGAACCUUCACCUUGAAGCACAGCCUGGUUCGCCACCAGCGGGUCCACCAGAAAGCCAGGCAUGCCAAACAUCAUGGGAAGGACAGUGACAAGGAUGAGCGGGGUGAGGAGGACAGUGAGAGCGAGUCCACCCACAGUGGCAACAACCCCGUCUCAGAGAACGAGGCCGACUCAGCUCUACUGGCCAGCAACCACGUGGCUGUGACCCGGAGCCGGAAGGACAGCCUGGCCAAGGAUGCCAGCCGCAGGGAGGACCGGGCUGUGGGGCGGACGGCUGGUGCUGGGCAGGCUGAAGCCGGCAGGGGUGCUCCCAAGACCGCUCCCACGGGCAGCCCCAAGGAGCAGGCACCUCGGGGUGACCCUGACCCAGAGAGCCCAGUGGCCCUCGUGCAAGACCUGCUGGAGCUGAACGGCAAGAGGCCUGCCCACCCUCUCCUGGCCCCCGACGGCGCCUCGCCACUGCUGGGAAUGGAGUGACGGCUCCCGUUGUCCCGCAGCGCACAGACAGGCCAGCAGAGCCGUGUCCUGAAUCUACGUUUCGUGAGGUUUCCCAGUGCCCUUCAGCUGUUGGAGAGAGACGCGCAGGAGAGGGCCAGCUCGCUUGGUGCUGUAGCCGCACCACGUGCCCGUGCAGGAGGCCAGCGCGGACAAUUCGAGUGCCUUAACUACUUACCGGUCCUUCAGUGUCGUCCUGGGUGUUGUGUUGUCCCAAAAUGACUUUAAAAAACAAAGCAAAUAUUGUGAUGAAUUAUUUGGAGAGGACCUUUCAUUUAAGCAUUAACAUGAUCUUCUGUGUUGCUGUGUGAGAGCUUGCUUUAGCGAGUCUGUGAUAGUAACGUUUGUUCUGUGAGCUGGAAACAGAAGAAAAAAACAUACCCUUGGACACCCAUAGCCAAUAACUGGAAGAAAAUGAUGUGAAUUUCAUGUAAAUUACCAGAGGAAAUAUGGAUGAAAUGCUCAUUUCUCAGAUAGACUUUUUUUUUCUUUUUUUUUUUUUCUUUUUUUUUUUGUCUGCUAUAUGGUGGUGGAGCUGUAACUUGGUCCUUGGUAUUGCAAGAUGUGGUUAAUAAGAGGUUUCCAAUUUGGUUCAAGCCAAAACCAGGACAGAUUCUAGCUUUGACCUCAUACCUGUUUCCAUUCUUUCAGCAUUAGACAUGCUGUUUCCUGUUCAAGACACUCAAGAUAUUUGUUCUUACAGAGAAGAGUUACCCAGGCAACUUGAUGUAUGGAGAACAUACACAGAUGUCAUGUAUCUGAUUUCCCCCUUUCGGUAUAUAUAUUAUUAAUAUUAUUAUUAUUAUUAUUUUUAGUUCAUCAGUUUGCUGGUCUCUGCAGUCAGCAGAAACAAAUGGGCAAUAUUUGUCCUGGAGACGUGGGUGCCCGGGUCCCACGUGAGCAUCUGCCCGAAGCUUUCCGUGCCCCUCUUGGGUGGGAGCUCUUCUACUGUACUUAGACAAACCUUUCUUCCGUGACUGCAGACUCCAGCAGGGUUCUCCACAUGUGGCUGAGGAGCAGCUCAGAGGGGAGAGAGAGGGUGUGUGCGCCCGGGGCUUCUGAGGAAGCCAGGCAGUGAGGAGACCUGCCGCUCACGGGUCUUCUGCCAAACCCAGCCCAAGCCUUACCCGCGUGUGCUACUGUCAUUUGCAAAGCGAGAAAAUACUACUACUGGUAAUAAAACUGCACAUGCAAGAUUGAAGAUGAGAAAUAGAUUUAUAUUUACCUUCCUGCGAUUUGGGAUUGGUGCUUGAAGAUAAAUGUGUUGUUUGUAGUUUCUAAAAUAACGAACCCCUGGGUGCAAAAAGGCAGGAUCCCCCCCCCCGCCCCCCCCUCCAAGCAUCCUAUGCAAGCAAUAGACUUCCUCGCUGUAGGUGCCAGCAGUGAAAAGAAAUAUAUCCUACUGUAGCUGAGCUUGUUCAGCAUCCUGUCCUUCAGCUGGGACCUCCAGGACGCCCGAGGCUCAGUGCUGCCCGGGCCUCCUGUGCUGCUCCACCCCUCAGACCCUCUUGCCUAGCUCUGGGGAAGCCCCUGUACCCCUCCCUCCCUUCCCAGGGCCCUCGUCCCUCUGGCGCUGAGUGCACCUCCUUCGCACUCAGUGCAAGAGCCGCAGGGGCCCACGGGCCCUUUUCGCGCACUUCCUCACCAGUUGCUGGUGGCCAAAAUCCAACCGCCCAGACUUCAAAGGAAGAUACAUAGUCUUGAAAUAAUAAAAAGUGAUAUCUUUGCAUGUGAAAGGAAAGAAGUUGAGGUAUAUAUAACUUUUAACUGUAUUAGGGAUGUAUGAACCAGUUUCAGAACAAGGUUUUUAUUUACUGUAGGUGACUACACAUCAGAACCAAUGAUCACCGUAUCACUUCAUUACUAAGCUGGUCUGCUUAGUUAAAACCAGUUCAUGCACCCCUUAAUUUUUUAUGACGAUUGUUGUUAUUUUUGUUGUUAUUAUUUGGGGUUUCUAGUUUUGUUUUGUUUUUUCUUUGCAACUCUCCACACUAAAACUUGCAACAUUGUGGAGAGAAGCCGUGACUUAACUCUACGCUGCAGUGAGAUGUAGCAGGAAUCGCCCCCGCAGCGCAGCCGGGGCUGCCGCUCGCAAUAAUCACUAUUGAUUUAAAGCUUUAUUUAGCCUUCAUCUGUACCCUCUUAGUCAAUAAGGUCUUGCCACAUUUUAUUAGUGAGGUUGAGAAAUGUAUUGUUUGUUGUUCUGCCCCUUCCCCUAUAUUAAACUGUGAAAUUUGUGAUUUGUUUAAACUCUGGGUGAAUCAUAGCUUAGUUGCAUGUCCAGCUAAUUUGUUUCUCUACAUUUUGUUUGAUUCUCUUUCUCCUCUCAGGGCUUUUACAAAAAAUAUAUAUAUAUGGAUCUUCUGAAAAGUUUUUUGAGGUGCAAGUUUCUCUCUUUGUUUUUCUCUUUGAUUUGUGGACACAAUGCUGAGAUUCAAUCACUACACGAAACUCCUGGCUGUGAAAACAAAACAAAAAACCCAAAGGGCUGUGUGCGCAGGCAGCCCUGGGGAAGCCGUGUGACAGUCGGGUGCCAGUUUCAGAAAGAGUCAUCGUGCCCUCGGCCCUCUGUUCGUCUUUUCCUCUCCUCUCUUUUCUUCAAGAAGGAAGUUGAUCCUAGUGAUUUCAGCCCAUGCAUUAAACAGGAAACAAUAAUAAAUAUGUAGAAUUCAUAUUUUUCUAAAGGGAACUUAAAAACUGCUGCUACAUGUUAUGUACAAAACUGGUUUAUGCCACAUGAACAGAAUCACAAGUUUAGUUUUGGUACUUUUGUUCCUCUUUGUAUUCAGUUGUAUAGUACUUUCAAAUUCAAAAUGAGAAGAAAAACUGUUCUGUAUCAAACCAUCUAAGCAAUAAAUGUUAUAUUUUUAAAACGGCA